AAAGUCGAGUUCUUCAAUCUGUAUCAAAUUUCGAUGGCUUACUUUUAUCAUUAUUCGUUAAAUUGAUAUUUUAAGUAUUUGAAUGUAGUUCUACUGCGUGAACUUAAUGUUAACUGCUUUCUCAAAGAAGAAUAAAUGGUUGUAACGUUGCAUGUGUCUUCCUUCAGCGAGUUCCUUUAUCCGGCUUUAUAUAGACUACUAAAUGGAGGCAAAGAUGUCGGGGAAGAGUUUUCGCGUGAGCGACGGAGAUUGGAUUUGUCCAGAUAAAAAAUGUGGAAAUGUUAAUUUUGCUAGACGGACAAACUGCAACAGAUGCGGCAGAGAAAAAACAACCGAAGCAAAGAUGAUGAAAGCAGGAGGAACGGAGAUCGGGAAAACCCUUGCAGACAAAAGUCGAGGCCUCUUCAGUGCACAUGAUUGGCAGUGUAAAACGUGUGGGAAUGUGAAUUGGGCUCGAAGAUCAGAGUGUAAUAUGUGCAACACUCCUAAGUAUGCCAAACUUGAAGAAAGAACAGGGUAUGGAGGAGGAUUUAAUGAGCGGGAAAAUGUGGAGUACAUUGAACGUGAAGAAUCUGAUGGAGAAUAUGAUGAGUUUGGCCGUAAAAAGAAAAAGUAUCGUGGAAAAAAUGUUGGAAGCAAAUCUGUCCCGAAAGACGAUGAAAAGAAAGUGGUGGAACCAACGAAAGAUGAUGACGAUGACGACGACGAGGACGAUGAUGAGGAGGAGGGUGGAGAUCUUUCAAAGUACAAAUUGGAUGAUGAUGAUGAGGAAGAUGACGAUGAGGAGGCAGACUUGUCAAAGUACAAUCUUGAUGCCAGUGAUGAAGAGGGCAAGUCUCCUGUGAAAAAGGGCAGCCCCUCUGGCUCGUCGCGCUCAUCCUCCCGCUCCUCUGGCUCCAGCUCACGGUCCAGGUCCAGGUCCCGAUCCAGGAGUUCAUCCAGCUCCAGGUCCAGGACUCCCUCGAGCUCGCAGGACCGAGCCCGUUCUCGCAGGUCCAACUCCAGAUCCAGCUCAAGGUCUGGAAAGGGCUCGUCUUCCCCGCGGAAAAGGUCUCGUUCCAGCUCCCCGUCCUCCUCCCCAGAAAGAGGCCAGAAACGGAGUCGCUCCAGAUCCUCAUCUGGAGAGAGGAAAAAAAGGCGCUCUCGCUCGCGAUCGUCCGAAAGGCGGGGUGGCCUUUCCUCAGGAUCCUCUCACUCGGGCUCCCAAUCAUCGAGUUCCAAAAAGAAAUAGGUUCAAAUACUCAGCCCUUCCAAAAAAAAAAAAAUGAAAAAAAAAAAAAACAUUUUAAAAGGAAUACCAAGUAGGUCUGAGCUAAAAUGCAUGUUGUGUUUUAAAAAAAAUACAGACAAGUUGUUGAUGCUGUUAAAAAAUGCCUAAGAAUGGCAAUACAUGCUAGACAUUAUUUACAUUGACAACCGUGACAUGUUGAUCCUCAUUCUUGGAAAAAGCUGCUUGUCCUGGUUACCAUUAAACAAAAAAAAAGCUAGCCCUCCUCCUCAACCAAUCAUGGAUCUCAAACAUCUGCUGUUGCAUAUUAUAUUUCUUGCGCGUUUUAGAAAUGAAAUGCAUAGUAAAUUUUAAAUGUGGAUCCCGGGGCCCAAAAAACACCUAAGAUAACCAAAGUUUAAUUGAUGUGCCAGCAUCUGAGAGCAGAAUCUGCUUCUGACAUGUAGUUCAGAGAAUGAACUUCAGAUAUUUAGUCUAUACAUACAGGAUAUUUCUAGUUAGUGGUCUUUAAAAACCAUGAGUAAUGCAAAGUGGUGUGUGACAACCGGUUGUAAAAUUGGGUGAACUGGAUUAGUGUGUUACCAGUGCAGUUCUGUAAAACCGCUGUACUGUAUGUGAACAUCUUCAUGGGGUCUGAUGAGUAACUCGGUACUCGUGUUUGAAUUUUUAAGGUAAGUAUUGUUUUUGUUCUUUUUUUGUUUUGUUUUUUGUUUUAUUUUUCACUCGGAUAUUGCCUCUUCGCAAACACACAAAGUUCCUUUGUUGCAGUGAUCAUCAGACUGCAUUAGAGUGCAUAGUCUGAAGUCACUUGUGUGCAGCCUCUGAAUAUUUCUUCAUUUUGUUUUUGGAAGCACUCUGCUUAAUGAGAAUAAUUACACAUUCUCAUCAGAAUGUGACCUGUAUUGAGGUCAUCUUUUGAAUAGGUCAUAUCUCUGAGGACAAAAAUAUUGUUGCUCCAUUCCCGUUCCAUUUUUUUAUGGCAAAAUUGCUGUAGGCAGGGUAAGGUAGUUGCAUAACAUAUCUAAUCCUUUUUUUCCAUAAUGACAGCAGUGAUAGAAUGUGAUUAACGUGGUUUCAGUUGAUUUGAACUAAUUUGUAUCGUAAACAACAUGUAAAUAAAAUUGUCAACAACCUGG